AUGGAGCAGCAGCAGCACUCACCUCCUUCGAGUCAGCAGGGGCCUAAUGGUGGAGCAGAGCGAGUUAAUGCGAGGGAAGAAGACGUGGAAGUAGAAUUAGUAGUUGAAGAUCCUAGAGAUGUAGCAACAGAGAAAGUGUAUCUACAAGGAAGAAAUGAUGGACGUACUAAUAGAGGGCCUCGAGGGCGGAAGAAUGCUAACGCUUUAUUAUCGCGUCAUGAAGGAGACGAAGACAUGGUGCCAUUGACUAUAUCUAAGAGGGGUGUAGCUUCUUUAUUAGCUGUGCUUCUUGCUCUGUUAUUAGCAAAAAGAGUUAUAAGCAUUGAAAAAAGAUUAUCAAAAGAAGAAGCAGCAAUGGAAGCAGAAACAGAACAGCUAGAGACAGCAACAACAGCAGGCGCUAAACUAAGAGAAGCGCAACAACGGGAGGAUCUGGCUGCAGAGACAGCUCGUCAAGAGUUAGAUGCAAUAGAGAAGCAAGACAGGCAGAAUGUUGCUUUAUUAAAGAUUUUAGAGGAAAAGAAGCAGGCUGCAGAGAAGGGCAAAGAGAGGGCUAAGCUUCCCAUCGACGAGCAGGUAGAUGAAGCAUUAAGAGCAGCAAGAGCAAGACUAACAGCAGCAUUGGACGCAAAGGCAGAUGCUGAGGCUUCUCUAGAAGCUAUAGGAGAAGUUGAAAACCUUACAGAAGAACAAGCACAGGUAUUACUGGCUAAUAUACAAGAUGAUAUAACAGAUGCAGAGAGAGUAGCAAAUAGACUAGAAGCAGGUCUAAGUAGAGGAAGAAAAGCAAAAACAGCAUUUGGUGUAGAACAAGCACUUAGAAAUAUGCUGGGUGCAAUGGAAAAAGAAAUGGAAGCUGUUGAAGACGAAGUUCAUGACUGGCAAGAAGAAAUAGAGCUUACGAGGGAGAAGCUUCUGCUAGAGACUACAGCAAUAGACGAAGAGCUGGAAGACCUAAAAGAAGUACAGACUGUAUUAGAAGAAAGAAGAGAUAACGUUGAACAAGCUUUGCAACAAUGUGCAGCAGAGAAAGCGGCUGUUAUGAAAGAAAUAGACGAGACAGAACAACAGCUCCAAGAUGGAGUUGAACUCCUCGUUAAGCUUCAGAAUUUGCCUAAAGUAUAUAAACGCAGAGAAGAAAUGCUGAAAAAAGCUGCAGAGCUUCAAGAACAACUCAAAGACGAGAUAGAAGAAUUAAUCGGGGUGACCUUAGGUAAAGGAUCAGCAGAAGGAGCAGCAAAGGAAGAAGGCAGCAGUACUUCUGACGGCUUGGGAGGUCUAUUCCCUGAAGAAGCGCAGCUUGUCAAGCUUAAGCAGCAGCUUGUAUAUUUAAAUAGACGAAAAGAAGAAACAGAAUUAGAGCUAGCAGCGCUGAGUGAUGAAAAAGAAAAGGCUCAAUUAGCUAAGGCAUUAGGAGCUCUUAUUGUUCAGCAAGCUGAUUAUGAGGUUGAUGCGUUUGUAGAUUUAGAGGAAGAAGAACCUACAGAUGGAGAUGCGACUCAGAAAGAACAAACAGAGGGUGAGGGCUCAACACAACAGGAACAGACGCAGCAAAAUGCUUCUACUCCUGCUCCUGACGACAAUGCUGCUCCUGCUGCUCCUGCUGCUGAUGAUGCAGCAGCAAAAGAAUCUUCUACAGCGAAGGGUGAUGGCGCCUCUGGUGCUGCUGCUGCUGAUGAUGUUGAUGUAGCAGUAAGAGCAGGGAAGAGUGAAGAGUCUGGGGAAAAAGAAGAACAAGAACAAGAAGAAGAAGAAGAAACUAUAAGUGAAGCGAUGCUAAAAGCUCAAGAAGACGUAGCUCUUGCUCGACAUAGAUUGCACGACGUAGCAGAAAAAAGGCGUAGACUUGAGCGAGACCUGUUAUUCAUAAAAGCACAAAUAGAUAAGACGGAGAAACAGAUAGAGUAUUACCAACGUCUUGUAGACAGGCUAAAGGGUUUCCUUGAAGACAGAGUAAAGCAUGCACCAGCCCAUGCUAUGGCAAGAACAGAAGCGAUGGAGAGCAAGAUUGGGAAUAUCGAGAAGGCCUUACGACGCCUGCAGAAGAAUGCGAAGAAAAUAUAUGACCAAGCAGCAAAAGCUCUUGCUUCAGCAACAGAUCUUGUUGCUGAACAACAGGAGCAGCAGCGUAUCUGCCAGGCUGCUGAUGAUGCAAUAUUAUUAGCACUAAGCGCUCUCUUUGAAGAAUUAAGCGAAAUGCGUCUAGCGGGGAGAUUAGCGACGGAUGAUCUCUUAUACUUGAGGGAGAAGGAGAUGCUUAUGGCCCCUACAGUAUUUGGCGUUUUGCUGCAACAAGCUGCUAUGGAAGGCCCCUCAUGUAAGGAACAGAAGGAAGUUGCGGAGGCCUGGGUAGAUAGAGUAGAAGCAGAAAGAGAAGAGCUUCGAGUGCAAUUACAGAGGUCUAUUGACUUUGAAGAACAACUUGAGGAGUGGCUUAUCGCAGUAGAAGAAGCAGCGACGGUGGAUCUACUGAACAUACGAACAGACGUCAUGAACGCCCUAAGCGCUCUAGCAAAGGAACGAGCUAAUAAGAAGUUUUGUGAGGCAAGAUUAAAGGCUAUAGAACAUCUAACCCAAGGAUAUAUAGAAUCUGCAGUUGAUAGUCUCUUUACUGAGGCACUCCGCGAACGAGGACGUAGAGAGGCAAUGUAUGGGCUAGAUAUGGAAGUUGCAGAGGGUAUACAUGAGGCUUCUAAAGAAGCUAUUUCUGAAGAAGCAAGUAGAUUAAGAGGAUUGUGCAAGAUGGCUGCUUCUCUUGAAGAAAAAUACUCUCCUUUACACGCGGUAGAGUUCCUACAGUCUCCAGGGAAACCCAGAAAAGUACGAAAGGUACCGUUUCCUGAAGGAAGCUCAAGAAGGUUUGCUGGUGAGCUUGUGGAUGAGAGACCUAAACCUACUUCAACUAAGAUAUUUAGCGAUGGAUCUACAGGAGAAACGCAUGAAGGAGUGCUGCAACUGGGAAGAAAAGGUAAAGGAAUUACUUCUAGUAAUGAGAAUACACAUACACCCGAAGCCUCCACUGAAACACGCGAAGAAGAAGACACACAAGAAGAAGUAAAAGAAGAUAAAGAAGGCGAAGAAGACAAAGAAGACAAAGAAGAGAACGCAAGCACAGAAGAAAGUGUAUAA